ACAGCACAAAGUCAAAGCCCCAGUACCAAUUAUAUUUCACGGUAUGCAGAACAUAGGGCGUUGCACGGUGUACUCAUCAAAUUCAAGCCCUACAAGUUCGUUAUCCUCUACAGAAUGCUUCGAGUAGUGCUAGUGCUAUUGGUAUUUUGUGUGCUGCUGAUACGACAGGCCAAUUCGCACGAAGAGUCGGGUGAAUGGAGCUGUGAGUCGGACUCUGAGAUCCGGGUCCAGGCCGAGUUCGGACCCGGCCUUAUUACGCUCGAUGGUCAUGCCGACGACUGGAAGGACAUGGAUGGGUUCGAGUUCUCUCUCCGCCCUGCUCUUGACCCAGAUGCUGAAAACGAGUACAGAGGUGGAAAAAUGACAGUUAAGGCUUUGCAUGAUGGCCGUGAUGUCUUCUUUAUGGUUCAAGUUGAUGGGGACUACGCUUACUCUAAGGGUGACAACAAUAAAUGCCCAUCUGUUGCCCUCAUGUUUCAAAUUGGUGAAGAUGCAACUUAUCAUAGUAUGGGUGGCUGUAAGGAAGGAGUUGAGGCUUGCACAAACAAGACGUGCAAGGGCCAUGAAGUUGAUAUAUUGCACUUCUCAAUUGGGAAUGCUAUUCCUGGACGGCUCUAUGGUGGCAACCCUGUAGACAACAGGGUUGGAAAUGGAGGCGACAGGUUUGGUCAUUUAGUUGAUCUUUAUGCUUGGAAUCCGCAUUGUAGAUACCUAGAUGGAAUUGGUUCUUCAGCAAAUGAUUCUAGUGGACAAAAUGAUUGGAAGGGUGCUUGGUGGCACAGUAGCUUCAAUGUUCACUCAGGUUUCGUGGAAGAAGACAGUCCUUAUGCAUCAGAUGGCCAAAAGGGAACAUUUUAUUUUGAAUUCUCUAGGCCUUUGAGAACUAUGGAUCGUAUCCAACAGGAUGUGCAAUUCACAAUUGGAGGAUCAAGUAAAAUGUCAGUUGCAUUUUGGUAUCCAGUUGAUGGAAAACCGUGGCACGGCUCUGGACAUUAUUCUGUUAGCUGUGAUUGGGUCCCCUUAGACAUCUCUUUGGGAAGUUCUGUAUUUACCAUGGCAAGACCACGUAGCUCAGUCAGUGCUGCUAGCGUUUUUGCCCUUUUGUUAUCAGUAAUCUCAUUAUGUGCUUCCGUUUUUAUUGGAUAUUGGGUCGUUAAACCCCAAACUGCCCAGUUCACACCCAUGGAAAAUCUUUAAGAUAGCAGUGUGGGUGUGGAAUCGUAGCGUUCAUUGGAUUGUUCUUAAUCCAUGUCAUUCCAUUUUUUAUUAAAGUCAAUUGUCAGAUUACUUUAACCUUUUUACUGGAAGGACUUGACCAUUGUGGUACAGUAGUUCAAAUCCUUGCUACUUUUUGCUCA